ACCUGGUCAGGUACUCCAUGGCUCUGGUCAACCUCACAUCCGGCCCCGAGUUCCUCCUCCUUGGCCUGAUGGAUGACACAGUCGCCCAUCCAGUGUUGUUCCUGCUCUUCCUUAGCGUCUAUCUGCUCAAUGCCAUGGGCAACCUGAGCAUGGUGGUACUGGUGAGGUCCGAUGGGGCUCUGUGCUCCCCUAUGUAUUACUUCUUGGGUCACCUGAGCUUUGUGGAUGCCUGCUUUACCACGGUCACGGUCCCCCGACUGCUGGCCAGCCUGCUCCACCCAGCUCAGGCCAUAUCCUUCCAAGCAUGCUUUGCCCAGAUGUACUUCUUUUUGGCUCUGGGCAUCACCGAAAGCUACCUCCUGGCGGCCAUGUCCUACGACCGCGCGGUGGCGGUCUGCCGGCCACUGCACUACACUGCGGUCAUGACACCCUGGCGCUGCAGGGCGCUGGUGGGUGCGUCCUGGGCGGUGUCUCACCUGCACUCGCUGCUCCACACCCUGCUCAUCUCCGCGCUUUCCUACCCCCACUCUGCCACCGUGCGCCACUUUUUCUGUGACAUGACGGUGAUGCUGAGCUUGGCGACCUCAGACACGUCCACUGCAGAGACUGCCAUCUUCUCCGAGGGCCUGGCGGUGGUGCUGACCCCUCUGCUUCUUGUGUCGCUUUCCUAUGCGCACAUCCUAGUCGCGGUGCUUCGAGUGCGGUCGGCAGGAGGCAGUCGCCGUGCCUUCUCCACCUGCGGGGCCCACCUGGUGGUGGUGUCGCUUUUCUUUGGCUCUGUCCUGUCUGUAUAUUUCCGACCUUCAUCCGCCUACUCUGCGCGUUAUGACCGCCUGGCCAGCGUGGUGUAUGCAGUGGUCACACCGACCUUGAACCCGUUCAUCUACAGCCUUCGCAACAAAGAGGUCAAAGGCGCUCUAAAAAGGGGGCUCAGAUGCCGAGCCGCACCCCAAGAUGUGUAAGGACAGGUCUGGGUUCACCAGCACUUUAGUAAAAAUACCCAAAUCUAAGUUUCUCAAUUUGGAUCCUAUGACAUCUUAUUUUUUGUUAAAAAAAAAAAAAAUUAGACGGAAGUAAAUAUGACAUGUUGAUUAUAGUGGUGGGUACAUAGCAGUAAGUCCAAUCCAUUCAGUGUUGCCUGAGCGUUUGAACUAGACUUGACUUUAAAAAAACUGGGGGCAACAAUCAAGGUAAGGCAAGGAAACUUUACCUGUUGGUGGAAAAGGGAAAGAAGAGUGUGAACAGCAAAGAGGGGUGGAGAGGAAUGUUGGGAAGCAGGGGAGGUCUGAGGAGUUUUUUCUACAUUUUUUUGUUGGUGCAUUAGAGUUGUACAUAACCACGGGAUUUAUUUUUACUUUUUCAU